GCUGUGUUCAGUGUUGAUAAGCUCUGUGUUGAUAAUUCAAUAAUUGCAUUGCAUUUGCUUUGUAUUGUAUCAAUAUUGUAUGUGGAAAUUUACAAUAUAAAGGUACGGUACUGAGAAAUUAGCAAAGAAGGGACAUUACAAAGGACCGCCCACACAUUCAGCAACAGUAUUCUUGUUGUAAUAAAAAUCGAUUCAUAAAAAUGCCGUAUUUUGUUAUUGUCAGCGGUCUCCCGAAAACAGUAAAGAAGCAGAAAAUGGUGCAUUUUCUGGGACAAUUCGUUUUCAAACGGCCGCCAGUAAAAUUCUGGAUAGAAUCGCUCAGUACAGCUCCGGAUUCGUCCAAUCAGAUGUUGAUUCGCUUUGAAUCACGCGACGCUGCAGAGAAGGCUGUAGCGACCCUUCAGGAUUAUCCUUUCCAACAUACAGACCAACAGAUAUACUUACUAAAGUGCUUCAUGAAAGAUGAUCAAGCCAUACCUCAGGAAAACAAUGAUUAUGAGGAGAAGCAGCAAUGGCCGGUGGAACACCAGAGGGCAUAUUCUCCGGUGAGAUCCCGAAGUCCUCAUAUUAAUGAGGAGCUCUCCAAAAUUGAGUUGGAGAUAGAACUGACAAACAGAAAACGAAUGCUUGUUGAGGCGGAACAGAAACUUAUUAUGGAACAAAAACGUUUGGAAAUGCUGCAAAAUGCCGGGCCAAGCACGGACAUUUCAGAGGAGAGCGAGGUCGCGGCCAAAAAACCUAAAAAACCUAAAAAACAACCGUCUCAAAAAAAAGAGCGUAAGCGACCCCAAGAUCAAAACAACAAAGCUGGCGAAAAUCGAGGCUGUAAAUUGUACUGGCCUUGCCGAAUAAUCGGGAAAGAGAUGAAUAACAUCAUUAGAAUUCAUAUAGAUCAAGAGACACGACCGCUAUUUAAUGCCAUGUUGCGCAUGAAUAUAAAACAACGCAUAUUGCAUGUUUUAAACGGCAUGGUAAUAUUUAACACGAAAAGAAUUGUAGCUAUGUACAGAGAAGCUUAUCCUAUAUUCUCAGACGAAAGGUUCGUUUUAACUCUUAAAGCUAUGAUAAGGAAUGGCCAGAUUCCCAUAGAGCUUCAGCAAGAAUCUAAACAACUAGGCCAGCAAGAAACAGACUCUACUAAUUCUGACAUGACUAGCUCCCAAGUCAGCAGCAGUAACGUCGACCCUCUAGACCUGCCUAUUCACGAGCUGAGCCAUGAUUUAGACGAUUGGACAGAAGACUGCGAUGUUAAAUAAAUAAGAAUAAGCAGAGGGACGCGCACUAAUAUAGUUUUUAUUAUUAUAUUUAAGACCUUUAUUAAAAAGGCAAUAUUUUAGCAUAUUUUACAAUUAAGUUCAACUUAAAUAUCUUAAUAUAUACUGUAACAUAUUUGUAAU